ACAUACUCUUUGGUCCGAAGGUCCGAAGGGUUUGUUUUUGUUAAUUGUUAGAAGGGUUAUUAAAAUAUUGAUCAGUGAUCGCGAUUCGCAAGGCUAUUCCUAUUGUGCACAUAGUGAUUACAUACCUACUCUUUGAUUGUGCAAGUUCGAGUUCACAGGCGAGUGCAGGCGAGUCCUUUAUCAAAAAAUGUAUGCAAGUUCUCAGUUAUGGUUUGAUCUUACAGCAUCACCUCAACGCCUCUUGAGAGUACAUUCGUGCAUUACCUAUCUCAACCAUUAUCCGAUUCCAUUGUACAACUAGCUUGUCAGCGUAGUGUAACAAAAAUACUUCACGAUGGAGGAACAACUCGUAAUACCUAAGGAGGAAAUGUUAGAAGAGGAACAUAAUAUUAUUACUGUUGAAUUUGAGUGUGAAGAUAAUAAAGGUUUUAUUGUACCUAUACAAGAGUACUCAAACACAAGUCAACCCCUAGACUCCGCAGAUUCGGACCAACAAAUUGACAACAUGUUAAUUGUACCUAAAGAAGAGAUUAUUGUACUUAAAGAAGAGUUACCCCACCUGAGUCCACACCAAGACUCCGCAAAUUCAGAUCAACAAAUGGUCAACAUAUUCCUGCCAAUCAAAACAGAAACAAUUAUAAGUAAAGAAGUUGCAGAGUUACAAAAAACACAAAUGUCAUCUGCAGACACGGAUUUGUUUGCAGGAUGUCCGACGACCUACAUCAAAUGGGAGCCUUCACAAACUGAAGCAAGUCUGCCCACAGAUGUUACUCAAACACUCGCUUCUACUUCGCGGCACGAACGUCCACAGAACCAAAUUGAUCGAGCUGCUGAGAUUAAGGACCUUCCUUCUGGCAAUGUUUCCGAGGAAAUCAGGACCAGUAAAAGUGCUUCACUUUUACAUAAAAUAGAGAAAGGCACUGACAAGAAACCUCAUGCUUGUCACCUAUGUCAGGCUUCAUUUUUACACAAAAGUCAGUUAACUGCUCACAUUACAACUCACACUAGAUACAAACCUCACUCCUGCCAUAUAUGUCAUGCUAAGUUUUCAUACAAAAGUCAAUUAACUACUCAUCUUAGGACUCAUACAGGAGAUAAACCUUACAGCUGUGAUAUAUGUCAGGCCAAAUUUGUACAGAAACAUCACUUAACAACUCACAGUAGGAUACACACUGGGGAAAAACCUUACUCCUGUGAUAUAUGUGAGGCCAAAUUUGCCCAUAAACACAGCUUAACAACUCACAAUAGGAUACACACUGGGGAAAAACCGUAUGCCUGUGAUAAAUGUCAGGCCAAAUUUGUUCAAAAAACUCAAUUAACUACUCACAUUAAAAGGACACACAUUGGAGACAAACCUCACUCCUGUGAUAUAUGCCAGGCUAAAUUUGCACACAAAAGUUACUUAAUUACUCACAGUAAGGCUCACACUGGAGGCAAACCAUACUCCUGUGAUAUAUGUCAGGCUAAAUUUUUAUACAAAAGUCAAUUAACUACUCAUAGUAGGAUUCAUACUGGAGAUAAACCUUACUCCUGUGAUAUAUGUCAGGCCAAAUUUGUACAGAAAUGCCACUUAGCAACUCACAUUAGGACACACACUGGGGAAAAACCUUAUUCCUGCGAUAUAUGUCAGGCUAAAUUUUCACUCAAAAGUCACUUAACAUCUCACAGGUGGACUCACACUGGAGAAAAACCUCACUCCUGUGAUAUAUGUCAGGCUAAAUUUGUACAGAAAGGCCACUUAAUAAAUCACACUAGGAUACACACUGGGGAAAAGCCUUAUUCCUGUGAUAUAUGUCAGGCUAAAUUUGCACGAAAAUAUAAUUUAGCUACUCACAUGUGGUCUCACUCUGAGCAGAAACCAAUUUCUUGUGAUCAGUGUCAGGCCAAAUUUACGCAUAAGUUUACUUUAACUCGCCAUAUGCGGAUUCACACUGGCGAACUACCUUAUUCCUGUGACCAAUGCCAGAGUAAAUUUAGACGUAAAAGCACUUUAAUUUUUCAUAUGAGUAGCCACACUGGCUCUGGUGACAGACCUUAUUCCUGUGAUAUAUGUCAGAGAAACUUUAUACGAAAACAACAAUUGACCAUUCAUAUGAGGGCCCACACUGGUAACAAACCUUUUUCUUGUAACAUAUGUCUGCUAAAAUUCGCAUUUAAAUUUAAUUUGACUAGCCACAUGAACACUCACCUUGGAGAUAAAUCUCUUACUUGUAAAAUUUGUUCGAAAAAAUUUACACGUAAAAGUAGCCUUAAAACUCACAUGAAGUCUCACACUGGUGAAAAACCUUAUUCUUGUGGCCAAUGCCAAAGGAAAUUUACACAAAAAGUUACUUUAAUUGCUCAUACAAGGACUCACACUGGUGAAAAACCUUUUUCUUGUGAUCAUUGUCAAAGGAAAUUUACACAAAAAAGUACUUUAACUGCUCACAUGAGGAUAUGCUCAUUUGCGUGAAACCUUAUCAUUGUAAAAAUUGUUAUACAAGUUAUAUAAAAAAUUAAUAUAA